AUGUCCUCUGCAAAGAUAGUUUUUCAGUGCUGCAUGUCUGCCAAACUCUUAGUUGAAGAGGGUGGUUCAGAGACAACCAUUAACAAAGGUCUCAUAGCUUAUGUCGCUUUUUUAAAAGAUUGUUCUGAUGAAGUUUUGCAUAAAAUCGCCGAGACAAUUUGUACAGUUCGCCUGAUAUCUGACAGUAACGACAAACUCCGAUCUGUGAUUGAUAGCCCUUGUGACUUGCUGAUUGUUCCCCAGUUCUGUCUGUCUGGGAAACUAAAAGGUAAAUGUUUUCAGUAUCACACUGCUGUCCCAAAGGUGGCUGCUGAGUCACUUUAUUCCCGAUUAGUUAAAUCCUGUGAUACAUUUUUAAGAAGUAGUGCUACAUGGUUAUCCAAGUCAUGCAAACUUUCUUAUGGAACAUUCGGAAUUCGCCAGAUCUUAAAUAUAGAGACUAAUGGUCCUUUCACUCAUGUUGUUGAGCUACUUGGUAAGAAAGUACGCAUUAAGUGUAACCCAACCGACAAAGUUGGUGAUCUUAAAAAACUGAUUGCUGCUCAAACUGGAACUAACUGGGAACGGAUUGUACUUAAAAAAUGGUACACUAUUUUUAAAGAUCAUAUAACACUACAGGACUACGAAAUCAAUGAUGGAAUGAACUUAGAACUGUACUACCAAUGACUUGUGCUCAGAAUUUGUUCAUUUUUGUAAAUUUUAAAUACAAAUUUUUCACUAUUUAUCAGUUUGUUUCGAAUAUAUAUGAUUUUUUGCGUCGUAAGAUUUCUUUCGAAAGAUAACCUUGCUAUUCCUAAGGUAGAGGAACAUCUAGCUAUCUUUGUUGCUGAUGUUAGUAUACCGGGUUUUACAACUAUUGAGUACGCUUUCAGUGAGUUACUUAAUAAUGUAGUAGUAAGGCGCUUUACAAGAUAAAGAUAAGUAAUGUCGCAAGAUAUUCGACUAACAAUAGCCUAAGUGAUCUGAUCAAUUAUGAGAUAGAAAGAAAGAGAAACAGGUUCAAGACUCACGUAUGUUUGAACGUAAAAUCCGUAGUCGAUCUGGUUCUAACCAAUUUCAAUACUCACGAAAAGCUAGUACUGCUUGAAAUGACAGUAGUAUAGGUGAUUAGAAUACAAUGUUGUGACAUUAGAUUGUGCUAAUUUCGGCACAGGAUUGUUUCAGUGAAUUUGUUUUGCGUGGCUGACGGUAUAUUGACUUCGCUUUCAAUGUUCAGGGGGAUUAUGGCGUAACUAAGAAGUUAUCACUUACAAAACAGCUUGUUUUCGCAGUUUAAUUUCCGUCGGAACUCAAAUUGUUUAUUUUAGGUCCUCAUUUAGAAGGGUCUCAGUGGACUUUUAUUACGAACCUUGAGAUUUCAUGUAAAUAGUUUGGUGUGUUUUAGAUCAUUAGUUACAUAAUGAUUUUCAUCACUAAUCUUAUCAAAUAAAUAAUUUAAUAUAGUUAUUAUAAAAAAGUAGCUAGGUAUUCGUUGCACUUAUGAAGUUCGAUAUUGGAGUAGUUUGCGUUUCUUAAUUAUCCUGAAAUGAGAACAGAUUCCAACCUUUUUCCGAUCCUCUCAUUUAUAAAUCUAUGUUACUCUCUAUGUUAACAUUCUUCAACUUAUAUUUGUCAAAUCAACCAUAUGAAGGACGAAAUUCGGUUGUAGUGAAUCUCUUUCAACAUUACUAUAGUCUUGUAUGUGACUAGUGGUUUUGGUUUCCGCAAAUUAAAAGUUCUAAGAUAACUAAAGACUAUUUAACCUGAUCUUUGUAGUUUCCAAUACUUCUGUCAGGUUCUAGAACCCACUCACAUUUUGCUUUAGUUAGCUUCAAUAAGUUUACGGCAAUAAUAGAAAGUUAUUGUGAACUAUGACCAUCUAUUUUAGAAGUCCAUGUUUUUAGGGUUCCCUGUUUUUCUUUUCCUAAGUUUAUUAACAUCCAGUGGUCCAUUUACUCAAUAUUUGAGUGUCCAAAAUAUUACUAAGUAGGUAGAAUAGAAAGAUGUAUCCAUACCAUUAUUUUAGCGUUAUCACUCAAAUAUUCUGAAUGUUAUGUCGUUAAAGUAGAAAGACACUUAAGAUAACGAACAAGUCGGUUUGGUUUAUUGGAAAUUUAUUGAAUAUUUCUAAAUUGAGACUGAUAUUUACGAAAAAUGUCAACUGGUCUACUUAAGGUGUUUUUAAUUAUUUGAAGACAUACUGGCACCUACAGGCAUCAAAAUAAAUAUAUUCCAC